AAGAGGCUGUGAACGAGGUGAAGCGCCAGGCCAUGUCAGAGCUCCAGAAGGCGGUUUCAGAGGCGGAGAGGAAGGCCCAUCAGAUGAUCAGCUCGGAACGGUCCAAGAUGGAGCGUACGGUGGCAGAGGCCAAGAGACAGGCAGCGGAGGACGCACUGACUGUCAUCAACCAGCAGGAGGACUCCAGCGAGAGUUGUUGGAACUGUGGGCGGAAGGCGAGCGAGACCUGCAGUGGCUGCAACACAGCGCGCUACUGUGGCUCCUUCUGCCAGCACAAGGACUGGGAGAAACACCACCACGUGUGUGGCCAGACCCUCCAGGCAUCCAAAGCAGCCCAGCAACAGGGUCAGGGUACAGAGACCUGCGCUCCCAUCAGCUCCUCCACUACGCCCUCUAGUGGAGGAGGCAGCCCAGCCGGAACUCCGCCCAUCGCCACACCCCGCUCCGGCACCCCAGGAACCCCAUCUACGCUGGAAACCACGCCGCACUAAACCGGGGAGCCACCCGGGGAGCCGUGGGAAACUCCCAGUAGCACAACAUGACUGGCUCACUUGAUGCUAAAUGCUAAGGCGCUAACGCUACAACGAGAGAUGUAGAUUUAUCUUGGAUUAGUGGAGGUUCCACACAACACAGGAGGUUUAUACAUGUAGAUCAGUCACAUUGACUUGCCAUGAUUAACAAAGAACACACAAAAAAAGGUUAUUUGUUUUAAUUAUUAUUGUUAUUGUUAUUGUUAUUGUUACCAAUGCCCUUAUUGUUAUUAUUGUUAUUAGCGUCCGUUUGUUGUUGUUGUUGUUUAUUGCUAUUCUUUCAUUCCUUUUUUUCAUGUAAAUAUGAAGAUAGAAAGUGAGUGGAUAACAGCAGUGAAACUCCACACAAAUACAUCUGACAACCCCUUGUGUUGA